ACACAUUGACAUCAAAAAAAGCAUUUGACUAUAAAACAAGUGUAUUUAAUUUAUCAGUAUGUGAUAACGGUUUCGAACUUCGUGGUUCUGCUGAGCGCACGUGUCUUGAGAAUGGGACUUGGUCCGGCAUUACACCAAUUUGUGAAAAAAUCAGGUGCACAAAUCAAACAAUUCUAACUGAUUUAUUUCAACAAAUCAGGAAAGAACUAUUAUUUGGAGAUGAAUUUAUUGCAAAUUACAACAGCGAACAUUUCCAUCUGGUGAAUGGUUCUUUAAACGUGUUUUGUGCCGCCGACGGAAGUCUAAGAUGGGCUACACAACAGCCAUUUCUUGCUUCUAUAUGUAAAGUGCAAAAGAACGGUCAUUUUCGGGCAAAAACGAGAGAGUGUCUUCUUGACGAUAAGUGUGAGGUAGGAAAAACGAUAACGUUUGAAUGUAAAGAAGACUACCAAAUGAUGCGAACAAAUUCAACCUGCCUUCCUAAUCACACAUGGAGCUCUGAGCCAAUUUGCACUCCACUGUCUCAACCAACACCCAAUGGAGCUAUAAUUGUCGGGUCUGCAGCCGUAGGCGUGGCUGUAAUCGCGAUUGUGAUAGCCGUACUGUUGUUUCUGCACAGAAGGAAACUACGUCAAAGCAAAACAAAAACGCGAUAUGAAAAAGCAGAUGAACCAAAGGAAGAAUUGAAUGUUUAUGCUGAAUACAGUGAAACACACAAUACUGAUCGAAAAAAAGUAGAAGACUCUGCAGAAUGUGCACACGCGUCUAACACGAUUGCUGUAGGCAAAGACGAAUAUGCUGCGAAUCCUAGCGAUCAGUCCUAUUACAGCUUUAAAAGCAGCAAUACAAUGCCGGUCACAGCAAUUAAAGUAGAUGAUUUAUACGACGUUGUUUUAGGAUCGGAGCAUGGUGUUACAAUGAAGAAGCAGUUUCAGGAUUUCCCAAAGGGUUUGAAAGACGACUACAGUGCAGCUAUUCAAAUACAAAACAAACCAAAAAAUAGAUAUAAACACAUUUAUCCAUAUGAUGACACACGAGUUAUUCUUCCAACAGAUGAACGACACUCAGAUUACAUUAACGCUAGUUUCAUACAUGGUUAUAACAAGACACGUGCCUUCAUUGCGUCACAAGGCCCUACGGACGAGAUGCUUGUGGAUUUCUGGAGGAUGGCGUGGCAUCUUGGCUGCGGUAAGAUAGUCAUGCUUACCAACUUGGAAGAGGAAAAAAAGAUGAAAUGUGUACAGUACUGGCCAGACGACGAAUGCAAAGAAUACGAAGACUUCUUAAUAACAAAUCGAGGGACUGAGUAUUUUUCGGACUUCAUCAUCAGGAAAUUAUCCAUACAGAAAAGUUUUUUUAAAAGUUUUCAUACAUAUGGGGAAGAAAGAAAAUUGAUCCAUUUUCAUUUCACUGCUUGGCAAGAUAAAAGUGUGCCAACGUAUGCUUCGUCGCUUGUUCAUUUCCGUCAUAAAGUGGAAACCGCAAUCGUUAAAGAAAAUGGUCCAGUUAUUGUACACUGCAGUACCGGUGUCGGACGGACGGGAACAUUUAUUGCUUUGAAUGUUCUAUCUGAACAAGCCGCCACGGAGGGAUAUGUAGACCCAGUGGGCUGUGUGAGCAAUCUGAGGAAACAGAGGGUCGACAUGGUCCAAACGGCGGAACAGUACAUUUUUCUGCACUUGGCGCUUUUGGAGACGUUGAUGUUGUCCACAUCGGCUCUUCCCUCGUCAAGGUUCCUGGAAGCGUAUGAUGAACUUCUGGCCUUCGAUAAGACCCAGAGGACCCGGGAGAUUGAUGUCGAGUUUUCUCGAAUGAAGAAAAUGUCUCCCGUGAUUGAUGAAUGUCAAUACGUGAGCGCAAAAGAACUAAGGAACAGGAAUAAGAAUCGGUAUUCAAACAUUCUCCCAGCCGCUGAGCAAAUGCCGUACUUGACUCCUUCUGGAAAGAGAUCUGAGCCUGAAUACGUCAACGCUGUAUUCUUACCGGGCUACAAAAAGAAGGGAGCGUUCAUCGUCACCCAGACACCACUAGAGGUGACCAAGACCGACUUCUGGAGGUUGGUGGUAGAACACGAUGUCCAUACAAUCGUCAUGAUGAACAACAAGAGUGAGAUGAAGGAAGAUGAAGUAUAUUGGCCUGAAAAUGAGGAUUCGGAAAAAUAUGAAAACAUGACGAUUACCAAGACAGGCCAGGUUCGCGAGAAAGGAUUGAGAAAGAUAACGUUUGACUUGAUACGGUUUGGACAGACACGAAAAAUUCAGCAAAUACAAUUUGAAGGUUGGCCGGAUGUUUCAGCGUUGCCUUCUUCUCCCAAAGAUGUUUUAAACCUCUAUGAUGCAGUGCAGUACUGGCAACAUCAAUCAGGAAACAACCCUGUUCUUGUGCAUUGCAUGAACGGAGCAGACAGAAGCGGCUUGUUCUGUGUUGCGUCAGCAGUCUUGGAAAGGCUGAAGAUUGAACAAGACGUUGCUAUUAGCCAGGUCAUCAAAGAGAUGAGGAACUACAGGGAACAGAUUAUUCCCUCUGUGGACCAGUUUCAGUUUGUGCAUGAAGUAGUCAAGGAAUACAUUCUACUCAAUGAAACAUACUCCAAUUUCACCAAUUGAGGUCGACGGGCUAUCAAUCAAUGGGACAUUAAUAUGGCAACCAUGGGGUUGUUUUGUUUUAUUUAUACGUGGAUAUUGGGAAUGUUAAUGUUGUUUAAAUAGAGUACCACUUCUAUGUGUAUUUUUAUAGUUAUUACAUACUCGAUUACUAUAUGAACAUUUGAAGUAGGUGUGCGUAUGUAUGAUAUUUGCAAACAGUGGUGAAUGAAGCUAAAGCUAAAAGGGAGUCAUUUUCCCAUAUUGUAUUUGUUGAGGUUUGAUUUUCGUUGUCAUAAAAUGCGCCUUUUCCGAGUGUUUGUACAUAAAGUCUUUCCGUGUUCGCAAAGCGAGAAAUAUAAGUGUUCACACUACACAAUAAGUACCUUUCAAGUACAGAUGCAUCUUUGACUGUUGUGACACAUUAUGUCUUAGAGAGUUCGCGUAUAGUUCGUAUCCAUUUUUUAUGCUUUAAAGUGUUUAAAUCGGAAAUCAGUUUACUAUUUUACAACAGUUAUAAGUACACAUUGUUAUUAACUAAACCCUAUUUGGUUUCUUAAAUAAAAUGUGUAAUGAGCAAAACGUAGCUACGAAAGUACUUUAAAAAUUAGCGUACAUUUUAUAGCAUAUAAAUAAAUAUGGUUUACAGAGAACAGUCCAGAAUUAAGAAGCAUUGUCGACAACUGUGUCUCAAUGGUUCUGAUUUGGCAGCGGUUCUGAAAAGGCAAUCGGUUUACAAGUGCUACAAAAAUUAGCCACUUUUUAUUUUAUAUAAUGCCGAGUAGACGUAGCCUAUAUCUAAUUAGAACAAUGAUAUUAUUCAACAAUGUUGGUGGUUACCUUUAAUUCUGAAUAAGAGUGACUAUUUAGGUAAGCGUGACGCCGUCAGCGAAUAUGCAUCAUGUGGAGGGAAAAGUAAUAUUUACAUUUCUUUGCAAAGUGGUGUGCCUAGGAAGCAACCAGUAGUGGUUAUUUUGAAAUGUCUUUGAAAAGCCUCACCAAUUCAAUUAUAAUACUCAUACGCAUCACAAACAAGUUUACUAAUAGAUCAAUCUAAUUUUUCGUGAUGACGUGACUUCCUCCACAGGACUUUUUCGCUCAUAACGUCAAAAGUUUGUAUUUAAUGUAUAUAAUAUUUCUAUAAUGGUAUAUCUAAAUAUGCUUAAUAAAUACUUUUAUUCUA